UCGUGGAAAAUUUCUUACGCACAUUUCAAUGCCCAUUUUGUGCGUACGCAACUUUUAUACUUCAGGCCCCAGGACUGUGGCAGAACGCAGGUGUCUCGAGACGCUUAGUUCUUUUAAACUCGACACCAGAGAGUAUUUAGCAGAGACGGGUCAAUUCUAUUAAAAUGAAUGGGAGAAAUUGGAACGCCCAACGGUCAACGGAUGUAGAAAGGAAGUCCCGCCUUACAGCAAGUUGCCUAAUAAACCACGUUCCAGAGACAGCAGGAGUAACUUGCCUGAUCCCCCCAAAAACUAUGCUGAAAUUUGCACUACUCUCCCUUUGUAUGGGCUUUGUGGUAGGGAGCUCAAUUCACAGAAGUGGACAUGUGGACAUCACCGACACGCAUGUGAUACAGGGACAGACCACUUUAAAUGAGAUGUUCAGGGAGGUGGAAAAGCUGAUGGAGGACACGCAGCAGAAACUAGAGGAGGCUGUGCACCAGAUGGACAAUGAGUCUUCAAAGUCAUUGCAACAUGGACGCAACUUCCCUGCCAAUUUUUACAAUGAAACUUCAAGGGAGAUUAAGCUUGGCAACAGGACCUUCCAACUAACAGAGAGGAUCGACAAGGAAACAGACAAUAAGACUGGGAAAACACAUUUUUCCAGAACUGUCCAUCAGAGCACUGGGUGGUGGAACGAAGUAGAUCAUGAGUGCAUGAUUGAUGAGGAUUGUGGGGACAGCAGCUACUGCCUGUAUGAGAUUGCCACCUCCAGAUGUAUGCACUGCCAGACAGCUAAUAUGCAAUGCACAAAGGAUGAGGAGUGUUGCGGCGAUCAGCUGUGUGUGUGGGGUGUUUGUACUCAGAACAGAACUAAAGGACAGUCCGGAACAAUCUGCCAAUUCCAGAGUGACUGCAGUCCUAAACACUGCUGUGCCUUCCACAAAGCCCUUCUCUUCCCCGUGUGCCGCCCUAAGCCACAGGAACGGCAGGGCUGUCGUGAUCACCCUAACCAGCUCAUGGAGCUGUUACUGUGGGAUGAGGAAGGCCCUCUGGAGAACUGCCCUUGUGCUGCAGGUCUGCAUUGCCAGCCUCUCGGGAAAGAAUCAGUGUGUGUGGAUAAGAGGAACUCAUCUGGUGAAGGCAUCUUGGACUGAUCUACUAGCCCACACGGAAUCUGUGGCCAAAAUAACUUCUGCAGAAUUGGAACUAUAACCAUCAUGCACAAAGUACAUCUCUGCAACUUGCAUGUUUGCUUUUUAAAUAUAUUCACCUGUUUUGAUGAUGCCUUCAGCUUCUAUGAGUGUAGUAUGCCUACGUUACUAAAAUAAACAAUAGUAGUAUUGUUUAUUUUAUAUAUUUAAAUCCAUUCUGUAGAUUUUCCCCACACAAUCAGCUGAGAAAAUGUGCAUUCUAUCUGAGCCUGUUGUAAUGCCUGUAUCUACGGAAAGCUCUGCACUCUACUAGCAUGAAGUGCCUUCUUUCUUCUAAUUUAAUGGGAUGUGCUCUUAUUUGUGAUUGUAAGUUUUUUUUUAACAUUUUUUGUUCAUGUAAUAUUUCUUUAGAUUAUGACAAUGUUGACCAUGCUGGACAUUUUAAGCAUUCUUAAUAAAUAUGGUCU